GACGGACCGGGACACACGCUGGCGUGAGCGCACUUUGCGGAUUUAAACGUCGUUUCGCUCCGUUUGUGGACAGUUUUUCCAACGACGGCGAGGAGCUGAGCCGUGAGCGAGUCUCCUGCGCUGCAGCUCGUGCAUGAUCCAAAAUGACUUUUGCUAAAUGGCCACUGGUCGGAGCUUAGCGCUGAUGCAUCGAAGGGCACUAUGAGUAGAUGACAACGAGCAGCCUUUAAUCCAGACAGGAUUCCUCUUCUCUGUGCUAAGAGUCUGCUGACCGUGUGUGAGGACCACUGGGAGUACAAGAAUCAAGUCAAGGACACGUUCACUCCCCCUCAGCCUGCAGCAAGAUGGGAGUGAGAAAAUAAAGCUCUGCAGAGUCGAGAGGAGCUUUCCAGGGAAUCUUAAAGCAAAUUGUGCAUUUGUGUAUGUCUGUGUGAGAGGAUCAGGCAACCAUGUGGACAUUAGCUGCGACUGUCCACUGUCUUCUGGCUGCUGCACUGCUAUUGGCUAGCUGCCUCCAUUCACUGAUGGCCACUGAGGAUGAUGUCACACCACGCAUCAGUUUCCCUUACAAUGCAAAGGAGAGGUCAGCCAAGAGAUUCUCUGCGGACGGCGUCUUCAAUUACACGUCUUUGCUGCUCAGCCAGGAGGACGACAUGCUGUACGUCGGAGCCAGGGAGGCGCUGUUCGCCCUCAGCCUCUCAGACAUCAGCAAGACCAAGCUGCAGAAGAACCUGACGUGGGGCACUCCCGCUGGAAAAAGAGAGGAGUGCAGCUUCAAAGGGAAGAACCUGGAGACUGAUUGCUUCAAUUACAUCAAAAUCCUCCUGCGGCUGAACAGCACUCACCUCUACGUGUGUGGCACCUACGCCUUCAGUCCCAUUUGCGCCUACAUAAACACGUCAACAUUCACACUGGAGAGAGAUGAAGUGGGCGAGGUCGUGAUGGAAGAUGGGCGCAGUCGCUGCCCCUUUAAUCCAGAGUACAAAUCCACUGCCAUCAUUGUUGAUGGUGAAUUGUACACUGGGACUGUCAGCAACUUCCAAGGGAAUGAACCAGUCAUUUACAAGAGUUUGGGUCAGGGAACUGCUCUGAAGACAGAAAACUCUUUAAAAUGGCUGCAAGAUCCCGUCUUUGUCGGGUCGGCUUACAUCGAGGAGAGUCAGCCAAUAGGCAACCCUGUGGGAGACGACGACAAGAUUUACUUCUUCUUUAGCGAGGCGGGAAAAGAAUUUGACUUCUUUGACAACACCAUUGUGUCGAGGAUCGCUCGCGUGUGCAAGGGCGAUAAAGGCGGCGAGCGGGUGCUGCAGAAGAAAUGGACCACCUUCCUGAAGGCCCAGCUCCUGUGUUCCCUCCCCGAUGAUGGCUUCCCCUUUAACAUCAUCCAGGACAUGUUUGUCCUGAAGCCCAUGGGAGACAGCUGGGAGAGCACCGUCUUCUAUGGCGUCUUCACCUCCCAGUGGUAUAAAGGAGCGUCGGGCAGCUCAGCGGUGUGCGCUUUCACCAUGGCGCAGGUGGAAAGAGCCUUCAGCGGGCGCUACCGAGAGGUCAACAGGGAGACGCAGCAGUGGUACACCUACAACCACCCAGUGCCUGAACCACGGCCCGGGGCGUGCGUGACCAACCAUGCCAGGCAAAUGGGUAUCCAGUCGUCCUUGCACAUGCCUGAUAAAGUGCUCAAUUUUGUCAAGGACCAUUUCCUGAUGGACAGCGUGAUCCGCAGCGCUCCGCUGCUGCUGAAACGCAGCGUGCGCUACACGCAGAUCGCCGUGCACAAGAUCCAAGGCAUGGAGAGGGCUUACGACGUGCUCUUCAUUGGAACAGAUGAUGGAAAGCUCCAUAAGGCCAUCAAUGCCAAUGAUAAGAUGCACAUCAUAGAGGAGAUGAUUCUGUUUCCUGAGCCUCAGCCUGUGCAACACAUCGAGCUGGAUCCUCAGAGGGGUUUGCUGUUUGUGUCGUCCAACUCCGGGCUGGUGGAGGUUCCUGUGGCCAACUGCUCCAACUACCUGAGCUGCGGAGAGUGCGUGCUGUCCAGAGACCCCUACUGCGCCUGGACCGGGCGGCUGUGUCGGGACGUCAGGAUGGCUCCACCUGACAGUCACUGGCAGCAGGAUGUCGAGGAGGCCGAUACUUCAGCCAUUUGUAACAGGACGUUUCCCAGCACCAGGUCGGCCAGACCAGCAUCUUCACGUGGCUCCCAUUGCCAGCUCAUUACAAUCCCAGCCAACACCUUCAGGGUCCUGCCCUGUAAGCUGCGCUCCAACCUGGCACAGAGGAGGUGGCGCUACAGUGACAGCGCCAGCCAGUUCCUCUACGCCACUCCUGAGGGAAACCUGGUGGUUGUGGCUCAGGCCGACAGGAUUGAGACCUACGAGUGCUGGUCCGAGGAGGAGGGUUUCCGCCAGUUGUUGGCCAACUACUGCGUGAGGGCAGAGCCCCGCCAGGAAAGCACCACUCUGAUUGGUCACUCACGCACACCGCACAUUGAGCAAGAGGAGACCAUCAUCUUGCCCGGCGAAUCCCGUUCUGAGCAGGUCCACAUGAAGACGUACUGGAACGAACUGAUUGUGGUGUGCGCCCUGCUGACCUUCUCGCUGGUGGUGUUCUCCUUGUUCGUCAUCUACAGGAACCGAGAUCAUAUGAAGUCCAUGCUGAAGCAGGGCGAGUGUCCCAACAUGCAGCAGAAGAAGCCGAGGAUAGUGGGAAAGCCUGCAGAGAGCUUACCCCUGAAUGGUAACACCAUCCCGGUUUCCACUUCUGAUCACAAGGGCUACCAGACGUUAAAUGACAACUACAUCUGCAGCACGCCCACCCACGAGUCCUCGCCAGACAACAGCAAGAGCUUCUCCGAGUCGUCCGACAGGCGGCCGCUUAACUUGAAGGAGAGCCACGUGGAAUACUCCCCAACCUGCCCUCGGCCCAGAGUGAGGCUAGGCUCGGAGAUCAAAGACUCUAUUGUAUGAGAGCACAGUAUCCGGUACAAAGAUGCCACCCUGUAUCCCCAUGAAGGAUACAGGCCACCGAGCGAAGGAGAGGAGACCUUGACAUCCUUCUACAUCACAGCACAUCUUUUAUUUUAGUCAUCGUUGUUCUGUGAUCAGUGCGGAGGUCAUUUAGUUUAACCAUUUCCACUCCAAAGCCAGAGCUUGGUCCGGUUCGCUGCCCAUGGGCAGCAAGAGGGAGCGGCGGUCACAAACCGUGGCAGCUGCUAAGAAAAGUUACACCACAGUCUUUGUUUGAGUCAUUCUCGUGGCCACUAACAGCCACUAAUGUGUGUGAGUGUAGAGCUGGGCAAUAUGAGGAAGAAAGUAAAAUAUACAUAUACAGAAGAUCUUCUUACAAUAUCAGUAUUUAUCACAGAUUCUCUUUAGGUAUGCAAGAUCCAACAUCAGAUUGUCUUUCUGAUCUUCAUCACACGAUAUAAUAAAAAAAACAACAACAACAAAUAUUAAGUAUUGAUAUGUUGCCCAACCCUAUUUGAGUAUGUGUAGUCUUGCACAUUGUUUGCAGAAGAUGGCUGUAUUGUCACGACUGUAUGAGGAUAAAGAUGUUGAAAGAGGAGUCAGACCAGGAGAAUAAGCCACACCUUGGUUAAAAUGGAGCCCUCUUAACGAACGACAGUUAAAAAGACUGCAACUUUAAGAAAGGUGUUCUGAAAUUCUGCUUCAGGGCCUAAAGACUGGCAUUUACCUCCCGAACGUACGAUGUUGUUCAAAGAAGGUCUUGUUUCAUUCACGACUCACUGCGCCGUGGACAAUUUAGGCAACCCAUUGCUCUGCAUCUCUGUGCACCUGAGGCAGCCCUGUUCUUCAGCAUUGACCUGCAGGCACCAUGGUGGGCUCAUAAACUGACACAGGUACCCUGGCAAAUAUGGAGAAGAGACCUGCCUUUGUUAAGUCAGUCAUAGCGGACGUUACAAACACAGAGAGCCAAGACAAAAGGGCGACGACCACACCUCUAUCAUGUUCAGGGCGGCACCGAAAUCAUCACGUGCACUGUGCCAAAAAACAGAACUCUCUUGAUUGUCUUCUCUAAAUGCAAUAGUGCCAUCCUGUUAUGACCACUUCCAUGCUUUGUGUUGGCAUUGAUCACUGUCGAAGAGCACAUGGUGAUGGAACCAGAGUUGGGUUUCACUAAACGUAAAGCGGCACUAAUGAUAAACAAAUGUGAAGUGCGAGGUUGGAAGUUUCUCCAAGACUGUUAGCUCAUAACGAGCCUUUCGGACCGCGUCGGGCAAAAUAGUUGACUUUCAUGUAAAAUCUGACCUGGGGCCAAAGGAUGUGGCGUGGAGAUUUCUCCAUGUGAAAACUUGUCUUGUGGUUGUGAGAAAAAUAUUCCUUCAGCUGCCCUUAAAGGAGUUACAAAAUAUGCCUUCUUAAUAUACACUGAAACAUACAGAUACAGCUAGUUGAUGAGCGCUAACAAUACAAACUUCUUUUAAGUGCUAAUAAGCCCACUCAAAAUGGAAAAAGUCAAAGAACAACUAACAACUGUCGCUGCAGUGGAGAGAUGAUAUUUCGAGGUUUCUGUCCAGACUGCAGCUGCACCAUGUAGUGAUGUAGCUGCACAGAACGCUGUAUCAGCUCAGUGGAUCCUCCCCCACCAGGUCACAUUUCUUACAUGCAUGGCAUUCACCACAGUCAGAUGUCAAAGCGACGUUAAUGUGAAAGCACAAGUAAUCAGGGUCUUGAAUACUUACAGGUUUGCACAUGUCAGUACAAUUGGAGCGAAUUCUAAGAAAUGCAACUACUGAGGGACGGAAGAUGUGGCUGCUACGGAAAACGAUUCUUAGAAAUCAGUUAUUACAGGGACCAGCGCAGCCAUCACGGACACUCUUGCACCCACAUUGCAUAGACUUUUGAGACUUAACAAGCAGAAUUUUCCAAAGAUGUAGGAAGCUGGUAGUGUUGUGUAAAUCUGAAUGAGGAACAUUUACACGGCCAUAGGGACAAUAUGGCACCACAUGUCUUAGCGUACAUCACCAGUUCACUGUAUUGAUCAAGUAAGCCUACAGUAUAUAUUCCAGUACCAUACAGAAGAAACAUUUUGCUAUUUCCAACACUGAGCAGAUGUCAAAAUGCUAUGUAACUGCUACAAGGUGACAAAGUAAUUGCACAGCAUACUGCGCAACAGUGGUCAGUGUUUCCUCCUUCCUUUCGUUUUUGUUGUGUAUAUACAGUGUCUGUGCUUAAUAUUGUGCGUUUUUAAGGGACCUUGUGCAAGAUGUGUUGUAGAGAUAGUCUUAAAACUAGAGAGUGAACACUGCUGAUAUUUUGUUUUCAUAGCGCUUUACUGCCUACUUCAGCAAACAUUUCAACUCUUGCACAGAAUUCUGCACAUUUCUCACCGUGCUGUUAGCUCAGCACCUGGGCUGGUUUUUCACCAAGCAUGUCAAAGUGGGAGAAGCGUCCUUUUAUUUUCAUGCCGUACUGAAUUAAAAGGGUCGUUUCAUAUUAGAGGAGAUGGGCUCAUUCACUUUCAGGGUGAGAGUUGGAUGAGAAGAACGAUGCCACUCACGUCUGCACGCUGAAUAUGAAACUACAACCAGCAGCCGUUAGCGUAGCUUAGCGUGAAGACUAGAAACAAGCGGAAACCUGCUAGCCUGGAUCUGGCCAAAGGUAACAAAGCCCAUAACCCAUGCAGUAACACCCUGGAGUCUCAUUGUUGCCUUGAGGUUGCUAUGGAACCAGAAAGGAGACAACAGGAUGUCACUGCUCCAGGCCCAGAAACACAAUGUCACACAUAACCUUCAUAAAACUGCAAUGUUUCGUUUUUACACUUUGGUUUUUGCCCUGUUUUUUUCCUUUUAAAGAGAUAAAGACAAUAUUUUCAUUAGUGAGGCUCAGAGUGGUUUUGGUCCCUUUGGACAGAAACAGGCUAGCUAUUUAGCUGUAUUUAUGCUCAGCCAAGCUAACAGGCUAGUGGCUGUAGCUUCACAUUUACAAUACAGGCAUGAGAGUGGUGUCAAACUUCUCAUCUAACUCUUGGCAAGAAAACAAGUAAGUCUAUUUCCCAAAAGGCCUACCUAUUCCUUUUUAAUCUUGUUUACUUACUGACAAAAUAAAUCUAACCAACAGAUGCAUAACACGAAUAAAUCCGAUUUGAAAAGCCUUGUUUGUCCCCAGAGCUAAGGCAGAUUUUCUGAGCGAUAAAACGCCUCUCUGGUGGCUGCAUACCCUGCUUUGAGAUGCUUGGAGGAUAACCUCACAGCGUAUUUUCAAAAUGCCUUUUUAGAUAUCAAGCUGUUCUGCCUUUAGCCAUGUGCCACAUUGUACUCCACCCAGCAGUGACCUCACCAACAGAGACGUGGUGAAUGGCGUGAUUGUAGCCCCCCCGUGGGCACACUGAACUCCACAACACGGGUCAACAGUAGAUUUACAGAUUCACCUCAACCAUUAACUUUACCUGCAAACAAUAAGACUGGGAGCUGCUCAAAAUCUCGUACCAUUCUGCAGUCUUGGCUUGUGUCAAAAGUGAUACUGUGCACAUUGGAGACAUCUUCCUGAACAGGUCAAUAUUUAAUAAUAAUAAUACGUCCUAAUCUCAUAUAGAACAGCUGAAGUUACAAUGACCUUAAUAGUUAAUAAUGCCUAAAAGGUCAAUAUUGUGUCAUAAAUGCAUAUUUAUUAACAACGCGCUUUUCAUUAAAAAAGCAAACACUACCAUGGUGAUUGAUGCUUCAUUUUGAGUGGCUCCUCAGUAACGCAACAUACCGCACUGGACAUGAAUGUAAACAACUCUCACAUUUUGUAGAACAACUACAGCAGUCUAUUUUCCUACAACGGCUUAAGUAGGCAAUCCAUUGCGCCAUCCUUUCAGGGUUUUGUUUGAACGGUCAUCCAACGAAGAAACAGCACAAUAGAGGAAGUGAAUCGUUUGUGCUGCACGGUGUAGUACCGCAGUAAGAUGCAAGCACAGCUUCAAAUCCUCCAUAUCGGCUCCACCGUGAGACACAGCAACAGCUUUGCCUCAGCAUACUCAACACCGUAAGCUUAGUUGACUGAAUAACUAUUAGACAAAUGUGGUCUUGCCUGCAUGAUUUCUUUUUUUUAUUUGUUGUGUAAAAAUAACAUUGUGAACUGUAUUUUUUGUAUCAUUGAGAUUGUGACUGUUGUUUUUAUUAUAUUGUACAUAAAAGCACUUUAUUUUAAUUUUUUAAGAUAAAUGAAUAAAAUACAUGUUUUGA